AUCAUUACUUUCAAAGGAAAGCGUCUCCAAAGCUCCUUUAUCAAGUGUUCGUACUGGGAGGAGGCAAGCCGCUGUCCAGCACUCACUCAGGCUGCUCUUCUUCUCAACGCUGUUGUCUAAACCGGGAACAUCUCCAAUUUGCUUUUUCAAAACUUGAGAAAUAGAACUUUGGAAAAAGAAGCUCUUCAGUGAUGCCAUGAGGUUGAUUUUGGUCAAACCCACCAACGCAACCCGACGUCUGGACUCAACAGCGGAAGUGUUCCAUGAUGGGGACCACGAGCAUUGUACCUCAGGAGGUCCAGCUCCACUGACAAAAACUCCUGAUGGGGUGCGUGAUCGAUACUCAGGUACCUCUGUUGAAGCAUCCUCUUCACUGCAUGAGACGAGUCACGAAAGAUCUAACGGGAUCAGUCCAACGAGAGAUUCAGCACGAAACCUAACCUUAUCACAGCUGAGCGAUCAGGACUGGCUGCUGCUUUGUGGCCAGGUUAGCAGCGUAGGAGAUGAUUCACCCUUAGUGGGGAGAGCAGGGACCAGUGUGCAUCAUCCAAACUAUGACAGGUGUGGUUGUUCCUGUACGGAUUCUAGCCAACAUCUAGAGGCUUCUAGUUUUAAUCCGCAUUCAAAACAGGGCACGGUCCAGGAUGAUAGUCUCAUGAGAGUUUCAAACAAGAGAAGCCUUUCAUCUUCCCCACACACCCUGCCUUUCUCUCACCCUAGCACCCAAGCUUCAACCACUUGCCAGGUCUUACCACAGCAAACAAACCAAAGGGAUCUUUUAAAACCUGACACAAACCAUACACAGGAUAACUUCCUCCCCCUCCAGUACAGAGACCAAGAAGGUCCAAAGGAGCAGUUUCAGCAACAGUCUUGCAAUAAUUUUAGACUUAGAGACAGCAACCAAGCAACUUUAUUCAACAUUCCUUUGAACUCCAUUGAAUGUGCUGAGAGAAUUCAGAAGCCUGCUGUCACUGCAGAUCUCAACUGGAGAGAGCUUUUUGGCAAAGAGCCGCUUUUUGUUCAGCAACGUCAAAAGUGCGACUCUCGCUGCUCAAUGAGUGCUGAUCAGACCAGCAAGAAACCUGGAGAACCCUCCAUCGUCCGCAAGUGCCGUCAUCUCCCCUACGAACCUUUAACGAGCACCGUGCAGAGGUCGUCUACUCCAGCUAGUAACAAAAGUGUGCAGUCCUUCACCACCAGCAAGUACAGCUCACUUGAGAACCAGGAUGUAGUGGCAGAAAGAGCCAGACAGCGACAAAGUCAGGUACUCAAAUGUGGAUCGAGGUUCUCCCUCCCUAAACACACCCCUCCACCAACUAAUGAAAUCGGGAUCAACGGGAAUGCAGUGCGACCACUAAGCAGCCAUGGCACUUUAAGAUCCAGCUUUUCAGAUCUUCACUCAGGCCAACAGCCUGUCCAGCUUCUUCACAGUGCCAUCCUGGAGGAUGCCUUUUCCAAAGUCAUCAGAGAAGAUUCCAGUAAGGCCAACAGUGAGAACCUGAAUAGGGAGGAAGGCAGCGUACCACAGAAGAAGACCAAGGACAUUAGCUACAGGCUGGGUCAGAGAAAAGCUCUCUUUGGGAAGCGCAAACAGCUGAGCGACUAUGCUUUGGUCUGUGGGAUGUUUGGCAUUAUUGUCAUGGUUAUCGAAACAGAGCUGUCCAGGGAAUUUUACACCAAGGAAUCCAUAUGUUCAUAUGUCCUGAAAGGGCUGAUCAGCCUCUCUACUGCUUUUCUUCUUGGACUCAUUGUGAUGUACCAUGCAAGGGAAAUUCAGCUCUUCAUGGUGGACAACGGAGCAGACGAUUGGAGGAUAGCAAUGACCUUUGAGCGGAUUCUCUUUGUUACGUUCGAGCUCCUUAUCUGUGCCAUCCAUCCGAUCCCAGGUCAGUAUGUGUUCACCUGGACCGCUCGUCUGGCAUUCAGCUACACAGCAUCAGUGGCGGAUGCUGACAUUGACAUCAUCCUCUCUGUGCCGAUGUUCCUGCGGCUCUACCUCAUCGGGCGGGUCAUGCUGCUCCACAGCAAGCUCUUCACGGACGCCUCUUCCCGCAGCAUCGGGGCGCUCAACAAGAUCAGCUUUGACACACGUUUUGUCAUGAAGACACUGAUGACCAUCUGCCCCGGCACAGUCCUGCUGGUUUUCAGUGUGUCCUGUUGGAUCAUUGCAGCGUGGACCGUGCGUGUGUGUGAGAGGUAUCAUGAUGCUCAAGAGGUGACCAGUACAUUUCUCGGAGCAAUGUGGCUGGUCUCCAUCACCUUCCUGUCCAUUGGUUAUGGCGACAUGGUCCCUCACACCUACUGCGGGAAGGGAGUUUGCCUGCUGACAGGAAUCAUGGGAGCGGGCUGUACGGCUUUAGUGGUCGCCGUUGUUGCAAGGAAGUCAGAACUCACCAGAGCUGAAAAGCAUGUCCAUAACUUCAUGAUGGAUACUCAGCUGUACAAAAAGGUAAAAAACACAGCAGCCAAUGUGUUGAGGGAGACUUGGCUCAUUUACAAAAACACCAAACUGGUCAAGAAGAUUGACCGUGCCAGAGUACGUCACCAUCAGCGUAAAUUCCUGCAAGCCAUCCACCAACUGCGAAGAGUCAAAAUGGAGCAAAGGAAACUAACUGAUCAGGCCAAUACAGUUGGCGACCUUGCCAAGACCCAAAACAUGAUGUACGAUCUGGUGUUGGAGCUUCAACAUCGAAGUGAGGAGCUGGACAGGAGGAUUGUAGCUCUGGAAGAGAAACUGGACUCCAUCCUUCUCAGUGUGCAGUCACUGCCCGUUGUGCUUUCUCAAGCAAUAACAAAGCUACAAAAGGAUUUCCUGGACGACUUGGCCUGUCGCGUCCACUUCCUGUCAUCCUCCCUGAGCUCCGAGUGCUGUUCCGUCCCUGCCAGGCAGCUUUGUCCAGGACCCACCACACCAGAGACACCAUACAGCUCAUAGGCCUCACUCAGUGGCUUUCCGUGUAGUCUGGAAACUUUGUUCAUGCUGGGAAGGAUUUUCUCAACAUGCACACUCUUCUUUUGAGCAGCACUCUGCUACACAUUUGUACAGUUACAAAAAUGAACCCCUGGGAGUUAUAACUCUUACUGGGCAGCCCAAAUGACAAGGGAAGUGCUUCAGUAAGGGGAGUCUCUGGGAAGGCAAGAUCAUGUUUCCUUAAUUUCCUCUGCUCAGAGUUUCAUAGUUAGUCCAGAAACUGGAGUUUCAGUUACAAAUAGACAAACAUCAGUAGAGUCUCUUUUCAUUUCCCUCGAGAGAUCUAUAUAGGAAGAUGAUUUGUAAGGUACCUACAGACUAAGUGAGUUAGUUCCUAAGUAAUUAAGAAAUUAGGAGGACAUUUCCCCCUUGUUUCCGAGCUUACAGACCUCAAAUGGAUAGGAUUUUUUUUUCUUGCGUACUAAUCAAUUCUUUUGCGAUAUUUCUUUCUGAAUGAAAUCUAGCCAUGGGGAAAUGGAAAUAGUUCUUAAAAUAUGGACAGUACUUUUGAAUAUGUGCUUUAAAUGAUAUCAUUGUACAUGAACAAGGUAACAUUAUUAAUUUUUUCUUUUGAAGUUGGACAAUGUUUUCCUGUGAUGGCCUACUGUAGCAUCAGUUUAGAGUUGUAGGUCUAAACAUCGAGAAACUGCAAUAGAAAUAAAAUGCAUUUAUAUUUAUUAAAUUGCAAACAUUAUAUAUAGCUCUGCGAUCUUGUUUCACUGGCCUUAGCCUAUACAACAUUAAUAGAACUUGAAGACCUACUUUGUAAAUAAUCUUUUGAUUUUCAUAGCAGCAACAUACAGUAGGCUACACUGACUGGCUAUUUUACCAUUUAAUUUCUGUUUUACGACAGUUGUAUUCAUCUGCCUGUAUUGUUUGUGUUUGUUGUAACAUUGUUCAUGCUGCUUUCUAGGCAGGGUCAUG